GUUCAAUAACCCUUUCUCACCUUAACUCAACAAAAUCAACACCCGAGCGACGGCGUCAGAAUCAGAAGAUGGAGACGGACACCUUGGCGUCCCUUUCGGUAUCCCAGUCGACCUGCAUAACCGGAGUUCACAAGGACGGGGAGUUUUGCAUCUUGAGCGAGGAGACUCUAGAGGAAAGCAAUUUGGAUCCAGAGCCUCUACAGAAGAUCAUGGGAGAGAUUCUGAAAGGCGCAGGCGCCUUCCAAGCGUCAGGUGCAGAGACCGAACCUAUGAUGCCAGAAAAAGUCCGCGUGGCCUGUAAUGGUGAACUGCGUACAAUCACUUGGACCCCGUACACGUUGAUUAUUUCAGAGGUCGACGACACGUUGACGGGAACCUUUGCCUGGGUAUGUCACAAGUCGUGGUAUAACACCAUCUAUCGGAACCAAAACUUCAGCAGAUCCGAUGGAGGAAACGAUAUCAAUUAUAUGAGAGGCGCGGUUUUGUGUCGAAAGAGCGUGUUGCGUGCGCUGGAGACUUUCCGACAAGGGUCUAAGCACGUCGAUGACUUAUGCUCCAUGAUCAAAUCUUUGGACGUGGAACACUUUGUCAUUGACCAAAAUCAUGGUGUCAAGGACUUAGACGGCAAUUGCGAUAAUCUCUCUAAUCGGUACAUCAGAGCGCACCUUCCGGAUGGAUAUGAAAGCGAUUGUGUGGAGCUAGACCUUCCACGGAGACAACCUAAGCGGCCACGAAAGCGGAGACACACCAAUACCAAAGAUUAAGGAGCGUUCAGUGGAGGUCGCCGGCAAAAGAAAGCAAAUCUUGGGAAAGGAGGACGCGCAUCAAGAGAAUGAACCUGUCGAGCACAUGCAAGAACAGACGGCGGAGCAUGCAAGAGUCGUUGGCCGCAGAGCAAAUUUAAUUCAAUACCGUCCACCAGGCCUGUCUGGUACAAUCACUUAACGCGGCCCAGAAAACCCCAUUCUUCGAAGUUGGGGAAUGCAUUUUGCGCUGCAGUGAUCGAGAGGUGCGUGGGGCGCCUCGGUUUGGUGAUCCGUCCUGCAAAAUGAGGCUGAAUUUGACCAUGCCAUGCGGCUCGGCGAUCAGCCCGAUUAACGCGGCCCAAGUCCCGGGACCAAGCUUCAGCCAAAAUGUAGGUGGAGGCCUAAGCUCUUGAAAAUAUAAAACAUUGAAAUUG